UUAUGUUUAAAAUUUUAAUAUUUAAUUUUAGAAUGCGCCCGAACAGGCAAAAUAAACAUUGCACAUAAACUUAACAAUCCUUUUUACCAUUGGAUCUCACUGCUGUCCACUCAAUUAAUGCCACCAUGUUUUGGAAGUUUGCCACCACAUCCAACAUCGACACACUCCUGGAAAAGGAGGACAUCACCCUCCAGGAGCUGAUGGACGAUGAUGAUGUGCUACAGGAAUGCAAGGGUCAGCACACCAAACUAAUUGAAUUCUUGGGCAAAGUUGAAGUUAUGGAAGAUCUUGUUUCUUAUAUCAUCACUGAACCAGCUGAAGAUACUGAUGACACGGUCAAAUACAAAUAUCCAAAUGUUGCAUGUGAACUCUUAACAUCAGAUGUACCUCAACUGAAUGAUAUUCUUGGAGAUACAGAGAGUCUACGGGAGAAGUUAUUUUCAUUCCUGGACCAUGAGCCAACACUCAACCCACUGCUGGCCAGCUUUUUUUCAAAAGUUGUUGGAAUUUUGCUUACAAGAAAACCAGAGCCGACACUGGAUUAUAUCAAAUCAAGACCAGAUUUCCUUGGUACUGUUUUAAAACAUCUUGGAACUUCAGCAAUUAUGGACUUGUUGCUUAGAUUGGUGACAUGUGUUGAAGCAGUUGACCUUCGUGCUCAAGUCUUAUCAUGGUUGAAUGAAAAAAAUCUAGUUGAGCGUCUUAUCUCCCUAAUUGACCCCUCCCAAGAUGAAGACUUCCACUGUAAUAGUGCUCAGUCAUUGUGUGACAUCAUACGACUCAGCAGAGAGCAUAUGUACACCUUGCAGGAGUCGGCACAAGAUGAUCCCUUACUAAACACUCUUGAGCGCAAAGAAACCGUUCAACUUCUGUUAAAACACAUGUUUGAUGGCGGGAUUAGUGAAUCUGUAACAAUCAAUGGAAUAAGCGUGUUAUUAGCUUUGCUUGAGAUAAGGCGUCCUGCUCCAUUCGGUUUUCCCGAGAUGGCCCCUGAGUUAACACAACUUGAUGUUGAGAGGUUAGCUUGUGGGGUUUCAAAAACACUUCACGGACUUAGUGAUCGGCUCCCAGAUUUCCACAGUCUUCUGGAGAACCCACCGAAGAAAGAUGUAAUGUCAUGUACAUUCGGUGACUUGAAUCCACCGCUCGGUAACACGAGGUUACACGUUGGGAAACUUCUAUCAGCAAUUCUUAUCACCAACACUCACAACAUUAACGUACAAUUAUCGGAACUGCAAAUUUUCAAUGCACUCUUGGAUUUAUUUUUCGCAUACGAGUACAACAAUUUCCUCCACACACAAGUUGUGCAGUGCAUACAAACUGUUCUCGGGAAUGCCGUAACUGUGACAACACACACAGUAAAAGCUCCCUCGUACAACGAUGGAACAUCACGAACUGAUGAUCGAGAUGAAGAAGAGAGAAAAGAAGACGAAGAUGCUGAAAAUCCUCGCAAAGUUGCUCCUCUUUUGACUCAUUUGUUUGAGGAUUGUCGGUUGAUCCAACGAAUCCUUGAUGCGUGGGAAGACAAUCGUGUCCAUGAAACGGAGGCGGGAGGACAUCGGAAGGGAAACAUGGGCCAUCUUACCCUCAUCACGAACCAAAUCCUUGAAAAUAUUGAAAAAGGUUCAAAUGCUGAUCGUAUACGACAGUUUAUUGAAGGCAUGCCAGAGGAGGAUCAGGGUCGUUGGCAGAAGUUCGUCAGCGAACCUCUUGCCGAGAUGAAUGAGAAGAACUCCCGUGAGCUUGGAGGACACAAUCCGAUGCACUUCUCCUCCGAUGAUGACGGGGAGACAGAUUACCGAGACAUCCCGUUCACAUCAAGUUCUGCACAGCAGGCAUUCACCGAUUACCAACUGCAACAAAUCACCACUAAUUUUGUUGACCAGUUUGGAUUCACCGAUGGAGACUUUGCUGAGCAAGAGGAACCAGAUAAAUUCAACAAAAUCAAUUCACUUGACUUCGAAAUCAAGGCAGAUAUUCAAUCGGCAAAUGAGGAUUUAUUCGAGAAAGUUGUUAAAACUCGAAUUCCCAACUUUGGAGCGGAUAGUGACGAUGAUGAUGUAAAUAAAGAUACUUUCGAUUCAGGAGAUGAAGAUGAUUGGGAUCAACACAUCCCAACUACAGAUUCAUCUUAUAACUAUGGGAGUGGACCUCCAACCAUCACUGUUAGACAGCGAACAAGUUCCGGAGAUAGUACUGGAAGCAGCAACAGCAGCGGAGAAGAUGACGCUCCUUUCUCCAUCCCACAAACUCAAAGUCCCGUGAAAGCUGAGCCUUCAGAAGAUAUGGAGACUUCCCAUCAAGGCCAAGAGUUGGAAGUAAGGUUUGGUGAUAGUGACAGCAGUAGUGGUAGCAACACAAGUACACCGACCUCAUCACCAAGACUUGCCCAACCUGUUGCCAACGACAACAAAGUACAAUCAUUAUGGGAUGCUGAAAAAGAUUCCGAUAUUUCAUCAUCAACAAAUGAAUCGAACUGGGCCAACUUUGAUAAUUUUGAAAGUUUGCAAGUUCAAAAAGCCAGCACUGAGGAAGCUAACUCUGCCUUUGAAGCUCCGGACUCUUCUAGUGAAGUGAAACAAAUAAAAGUGGAAACCAUGGUUUUGUCGGAAGAACCAGAAAUAUCAAGACUUGUUGAGAUGGAGAUUGCUGCAGUUGAUAGUUUCUCAACUUCCAACAUCUCUUCUGAGGAACAACCUUCUGCGGAGGUUUCUGGUGCUCCUACCACAUCCAGUGAUGUUGCUAUGGAAAUCCAGGAGGAGCCAAAGAACAUCGCAAGUGAUGCGGAAGCAAAACCAACCUCAUCUGGCAUCACUGGAAGCCAUGGAUCUCCGAUGGAAACAGAUGAAUCUUCCUCAUCAACUGUAGAGGUUGCGGAGUCGGAUCAAUCUGUGUCACGAUCUAGAGGUGAAGUUGAAAUCGUUCCAGAAGGUGUAGAAGAGAAAGAUACAGUUCCCGUUGCAUCCGAGCAAGUUCCUGAAGAAGUCUCCUCCACUAGUGAUGUGGAGCAGGUUGAAGCAUCACGUGAGGUAGAAGAGCCGGUCCAACCACAAGAAGAUGAACCGGAGCAAAAUAAUGAUCCGGACAGUGACAUCACAGCGCAUGUGAGCUCCACGGAGCAAAGUGUCUCCGAUGCUCCUCCGUGCCACACGACAUCCAGUGGUGAUCAGCUUUCCUCCGAAGUGGAAGUUGCCCCGCUUAAAACUGACGGUGAUGUCCAAAACAAUGAAGUAACGUCGUCCACGGUUGAUUCCACAGUUGUUGCAAACGGGCCGGUGUGAUUCGGUUUUGGGAAUCCCGUUUGCCCCAAUCAGCCCCCGGUUCGUAUUACACCAUAAAUAAGUUGAAGAGGUAAAGGUUGCGACUUACAAACCAAAUAUUAGAAACCGUUCAUGACAUAAACCUCCAGUUAGCAGUAUAACGGAAGCUCCGAAUACAAGGUGACGAGAGCCUCGCAUUAAUUCCAUUGUCUAAAUGAGUUCUCUUUCCUGCACUUACUGCACCAAAUAGAGCGUUAUAUUGAAGUUUUUUCUGCAUUUCCCCCCGACCCCCCCAACCAUGUUGGCAGAUAACAUGAAGUCCCAACAGCUGCAAACCAUCAGCGUGUUGUUGCAAUCGAUUCUUCAAUGCAAUUGCUGCACGAAGCAGCAAGGGUUAAGGUCUGCUUUCCUAUUUAUUCAAUUAUGUGAAGUCCCUCGUGGCACAUACAAUGCUGUGCUAAUUGGGGAUUCCCCCCACACCCGGUCACUCACCCCCACCACUCACUAUAGCGCGGUGUCAAAGUGUCGAGUUUAAUUCUGACUUCCCUCAUCGGGUGCUACGAUGGCAUCAUUACCGUGAUGCAAUUUUAAAUGACGCCACAACGCUUGACUGUGAAGCAGCAUAGGGCUGCACCACCACCCCACACACCAGAUGAAUAUGGUCACCACAUUUGAACUUACCCUGCUUCUUGUCCCCAAGUUCUUUUUAUCCUCCCUGUUCAAAGCACCGAUGAGGUAACGUUUUUAUUUCCAUUGUAUUCUUAGCGAGUCAUUUUCGCCUCUUCUUCCAAACAGGCCGGGUGCAUCGUAAUUGUCCUUGUAGUUUUUGUAUCGAGCUUAAAUGAUCCUUCUGGGUCCUGUGAAAUAAAUAUUAUUUUGCCUUCGUUAUCCAACAACGAAUAAAUGUUGAUCUACCAAA